AUGGAGGAACGGGAUCUAAGUCGGUGGACCAAAGUGCAAGACCUAACUGGAUUGUUGAAAGGCAAGGAGGUGUUGAUUAGAGGCCGGGCUGAGACAAUCCGUGUAACGAAGGAUGUGGUGCUUGUUGUGGUUAGACAGAGGGUUUUACAGUCCAGUUUUGUUUUCGUUCUAUCGUCUGUCCCUAUAAAGGGAACGACUCAGAAGGUUGAGGUUCAAGUGAGGAAAUUGCAUUGUAUCAGUCGGGCAAUGCUGACUCUUCCAAAUAAUAUUGAUGUUGCUAGCAGGAGCGAGAAAGAAAUUGAGAAAGCUAGAUGUUUGAAUUAUAGAGUUCUGGACGUGCGAGCAAUUGCUAACCAGGGAAUUUUCCAUAUUCAGAGCAUUAAUGAAGAUGGUCCUACUGUAUUAGAGCUGGACUACAAAGGCCAACCAGCAUGCUUGGCUCAGGCACCUCAACUUCACAAGCAAAUGGCAAUCUGUGGUGAUAAAGAACGUGUUUUUAGGGUCGGUCCUGUUUUCAGAGCAGAGGACUCUUAUGUUAGCCGCCUUUGUUGA